CAAUCGAAACGAUUGAAAUUCAAACCGUAUGGUUAAAAAAAUUACUCUAACCCUUAUCGCAAUUGAAAAUUAUUAAUUUUAUUAAACGCAAUUAAAACUACAGUAAUGCCCGUGGACCAGAUUCAAUAUUCGGAAAGAUAUACAGAUGACGUCUACGAAUACAGGCAUGUCAUCUUACCACCGGAUAUAGCCCGCAUGGUGCCAAAAUCCCAUCUUAUGACAGAGACAGAGUGGCGAAACCUUGGUGUUCAGCAGAGUCCCGGCUGGCUCCACUUUAUGGUGCACAAUCCGGAACCCCAUGUUCUAUUAUUUAGAAGACCUAGAACUGAUAUACCGGCUCCCUUGAAUGGCUUAGAUACAAAUACUAGUUCUGCUGUGAAGGUUUGACUGUUUUUGUUGCAUAGGCAUAUUUUUAGGUGUCAUAGCUUAAUAUUAUUUAAAUUGCGUAUUGAAACUAUUAUAGUUAAAACAAAAUAAAAACUUUUCAGUUUAUUAUAAAUUAGCAGACAUCAAUUAUUAUUAUAUUACUUUAUUUUGUCUCAGUCUAAAUUCAAAUCGGGGGUUUUAAUAUAAUUAUUCAUGACUUUGGAUAACACAAAGGCUCGUUUGUGGAUAAUUCUCUGGAGGAGCUUGGAUGAGGCUCAUAAGCUCUAUACAAAAAGACUAAAGUACAUUGAGAUGUUACUUGUUUAUUAUUGAGAGUAAAUUUAACCAUAGAUAGAAUUUUAACUGUGACCUCCUAAUUAAUAUAAAGAAAUACAAAACUGUGAAGUUAACAUAUUCAUUAGAUAACUGUUUAUGAAAAAAAUAUUAACACUAAGUAUGUGUUAGGUAAUAAUUACAUUAAAAAUGUACCAGUAUAUAAUUUGCGAGUAGGCAAUAUAAUCAGAACUCAUUAAACUUAACAAAAAUUCUUGAAUCAAAUGUUGAAUGAAUGUAAAACUUAGCACAUGCAACUACUAAUACUUAUAGCAGAAUAUAUUAUUUUUAUGAUAGAAUAAAAUGUAUUUACAUGAUUUUUAGUUAAAGAAGAAUAUUUGUUUUUAAAUAAUGUUAAGAGAAUACUUGUGUUACAUUAAAUAUAAAUUCUAUGAAAAUAAUUACCAUUCAUCAGCAUAGUGUUACUCAGUGUGACUAUGUUUUCUGAUAAAUUAUUGGGAUGUAGACUACAUCUAAGUAGUAUAAGUUCUUUGUGAACAUAACAGCAACUUAUCACAUGGGUGGGUGCUCCAAAGUGAGUAUGAUUUUAUUAAAUGUAAUUCUGUUCUAAAAUAUUGUUCUGCAUUAGCUAUUACACAUUCAGAGAUGUAGUUACUAACUUGUGUAUAAAUCUUAUGAUUUAAAAACUGACAAAAAGAAGGAUUUUUCUUGUUUAUUCUGUCUUAUGCCUUGAAACAUUGACUAAAACGAUCCUUCCUUAAUAUGCCUUAUUUUAUUUUCGAACAUUUAUUUUUCUAGUGGAAAAUCAAUAUACUGAAAAAUUGUAGUAAUAGAAAACUGUUAAUGUUAGUUCUGUUUUUACAUUCAAUGUUAAAUAGUAGUAGUUCAAAUGAUCCCCAAAGAAAUAAAACCAAAUUUCAAUUACCAUAACACAAAUAGUAUUUUAUAAUGUUCACUUGAUUUUUUCCACAUAGAAUUUACUUUUGUAUUUUCAUCCGGAACAAUCCAAAUCUUUCAUUAUUGUAGUAAAUUCAUAGUAAAAAAAUUCUUCAUCAAUAUUGAUGCUGAUAAUUUUGAGGGCAAACAGUUAUAGUUUCUUAGGCUAGUACCACUGUCUUUGUUUUAAAUCGAAGACCGUGGUAGGUCCGGUAAUAUCAGCAGUAAUUAUUUAAAAAAAUAUUGUACAGAACAUAUUUUAAUCCAAAACAGAAUAUAUUAUGCUGUGGUUUUCGUAUCUCGAUUUAUGAAAAAUGACUGAAAAUUGCCUAAAAACGAAUGUUUUUUGAGAAAAUAUUCCUCUACCUUUCAGUUGAUUACGAAAUUGGCUUGGCUGCAAACGCGAAACUAAUUAAUAAUUUUUUCUUAGCAUGAUACAAAGACUGCAGGAGUCAUAGAUAGAACAUCAAACAGUUAUGUUUGAAUCUGCGUCUGUUUCAUCUAAGGUAUUUUCUUUAUCUUAAGAUCGAUGCCUCCUAUGAACACUACGCUAACUCCAAAUUCGUAGGUUUACAGGAGGAGUGUUUAAA